CACCUACCAUGAUGGAAUCUGGUCUGUCAUCAUCCACUUAUCCUCUACUACACCUCAACACCAGCAGCUACGUCAAUAACAGCAAUAACUGGAGUGGCCUUGUUGACAGUGAUUCACUGAGGAUCAAUCGCACCCUGAGCGGCCACAACCUCUUCCACAAAGCCCUGCUGGGGGUCUUUCUGGGACUCAUCUCUCUCCUUACCAUCUUCAUGAACCUACUUGUGCUCUACGCUGUGAAGCGAGAGAAGAGCCUGCAUACUGUCGGGAACCUCUACAUCGUCAGCUUGUCGGUGGCUGAUCUGAUUGUAGGGACCACAGUCAUGCCUCUGAACUUGGUGUAUUUACUUGAGGAUGAAUGGAGGCUGGGUCGGGCUGUCUGCCAGUUUUGGCUCAUUAUGGACUACGUGGCGAGCACAGCCUCGAUUUUCAGCUUGUUCAUCCUGUGCUUGGACCGGUACCGCUCUGUCAGACAACCACUUAAGUACCUAAAGUAUCGAACACGAGGAAAAGCCAGUGUGAUGAUUUCUGGAGCCUGGCUGCUGUCGAUAAUGUGGAUAAUUCCAAUUUUAGGAUGGAGGUCAUUCACACAUGUAGAGCUAAAACCUGAAGAGGAGAACAAGUGUGACACGGAUUUUCGCUUCGUCACAUGGUUUAAGGUCAUUACUGCCGUCUUCAACUUCUAUGUGCCCUCGAUUUUGAUGCUGUGGUUCUACACGCACAUCUACUUGGCUGUGAGACAGCAUCUGAGGGACAGGGAGAGAAUCAUCCAUCCAACUGACUCGUUUGGAAAUGAGAAUGGACAAAAUGUUAAAACAACUGAGAAAAAUUCCUCCAAAUCAACUGAGAGGGAGUGUGAAGCUCCGCUGAAACUCUCUAAAAAGCAACGCUUGUUGGAUCACAACACUCUCGAUCAGGUGUAUUCACUCGAAGAGGCUGAUAAAGUCAAAGCUGCUCCUUCUGCAUCUCACAGGAAAAUUGUUGUCAAGUGCCAGCAGACAUCACUGCUAGCCAUGACAACAGAGCGACUCAGAGUGGCACGAAAGGCCAAAAGGUGCUCCUUGGCCCCAGAGGGGAAGCAGCCAGAUGUUGAUAUUCCCAUGAGGAACAAUUCUGUGCCAACGGAUGUCAUUUCCUCCGAGGGAAAUUAUGAGCACAAACUUCAAGCAUCAUUAAACGAAUGUCACGUCACAAUACCAAACUCAGCUAGCGGCGUCUGCGAUAUCAGUCAGGUGUCAGAUGUGCAGAGAUACACUUCUGCGCUCUAUACCACCUACGACCCCAGUCACGCUCUGCGGUGGACGGAUGAAGGGGUUGAAGACGCUGAAUUGGACCCGGCCAACGCCGUGACUCUGAAACAGGCAUGGCAAAAGUUUAUAGACCAAUCACGUCAGCGCAUCCAGAGUCUGAGGAUCCAUAAAGAGCACAAAGCAGCCAAGCAGUUAGGCUUCAUAAUCGCUGCCUUCUUGCUGUGCUGGAUUCCGUACUUCAUAGCUUUCAUGGUCAUGGCAUUCUGCAGAGAGUGUGUGCACCAUGACCUGCACAUGUUCACGAUAUGGCUGGGUUACAUCAACUCCACUCUCAACCCUUUCAUAUACCCACUCUGUAAUGGGAACUUUAAAAGGGUCUUUAAAAGCAUUCUGAACAUUCGCUUGUGA